UUUUAAUUUUAUUAAUUUCAUAUAAUCAUUAUCUCUCUCUCUCUCUCUCUCUCCUUUUUUUCUUCUUCUUCUUUUUUUUCCUUCUAUUUUAACGUUAAAUGAAUAGUAUGUUUGAUUGUCACUGGCAAAAUUGUAGCAGAAUAUAUUCAGAUCCUGAACAGCUUUAUAAUCACUUAACUAAUGAUCAUGUUGGUAGAAAAUCAACUGGUAAUUUAUGUUUAACUUGUCAUUGGGAUGAUUGUAAAGUAUCUGUUAUCAAAAGAGAUCAUAUUACUAGUCACCUUCGAGUUCAUGUGCCGUUAAAGCCUUAUCAUUGCAAUUAUUGUGAUAAAUCUUUUAAACGUCCUCAAGAUUUAAAAAAGCAUGAAAGAAUUCACAGCGAGAAAGCAAGUACAAGUCAGUAUGUAACAUCAUCAAAUUACUCUAAAAUAUCUUUAUCACCGAAUGCUACAGUCCUUAGUCAUACACCCAUAUCUCCUCCUCAUAGCACCAUAACUACAUCAACUUAUUCUGAAGAUGAUCAUACUCAACCUGGUUCAAGUAAUAAUACAGUAUUAUCUCCUUCAUCAGAUUAUUAUGAUAGCUUUAGUAGCUCUAUUCAACAAGAACCUUCAACACCAUGCUUGCCAUCCAAUUACUUAUCAUCAUCAGGCAAUGUUAUGAACACUAUCAUGUUUGCUGAUGAGUCAUGUAACCAAAUGAGAACUGACUAUAACGCAGAUAUGAUGAAUAACCUUGAUAUGCUUCAAUAUCUUGUUGAUAAUGGUUCUAUCAAUCAAGAUUCAUUUAAUAUGGAUACUGAAGAGCAAUUAAAUAAAUUCAAUCUUUGGUUAUCUCAAAUUACUAAAAACAUUCCAGAUCAGUCUAUGUAUGAAUAUAGCCAUAUGCAACAACAGCCUAUUUCUACAGCAACAAAUUAUACUAAUAUGUUACUACAAUUUGAUUCAAACACUAUUUUACCUAAUAAUAAUGAUUUAUUAUAUCCUAUCACGACUACUAACAAUCAACAAGAGGACAUGUAUGUAAGAUCCUAUCCUAUAAAUCAACAACCUACUAUUCCAACACAAACCUUCCCGACACCACCGCCCCCUGAAAAACUAUAUAGUGAUAAUUUAAAUCAAUUAAAUAACUACUAUCCUCAUAUGAAUGGCUUAAGGCAACAUUAUGCAAUUGUACCUGACAUUAUUCCUAAUCAAAAUCUAUUUACUCCAGAUCUUCAAAGGAAUCAAAACUUAUUUAGCUCGAGGGAAAACAUAAAAUAUAAAAAGACUAGUGAUAAUAGUAGUCUAAAUAAGGGUACUUGUGCCUUACACGAUGAAUCGAUAAAGAAGCAGUCACCUGCCAAGAAAUCACCUAUCAAUAAUAAUAUCUUGGAUCUCUUAGUUAGUGAUAUGACAGAUUUAACUAUUCUUGAAGGAGAAAAAGAAAAGAGGAAAAAGGAAAAGACACUUUAUCCUACUACUCGGAUUGACUCAAAGGAUAAUAGUAAACAACAAAGACAUCGCAUUUUAUUACAACAACUAAGUCAAUGGAUAAAUGAAAACUAUGCUAAAAAACAACGAAAUACAACUUCUUUUGCAUCAUCAUCAUCAUCAACAACAACGUCAUCUGUUCAAGUACAAUAAAGAG